GCGUCGCUACGUUGUGAGGUGAGUACCGCCAGUGAAUCCCAGCCAGCUUCUAGUGUGGUGCAGUGAACUGUGUGUGGUUCCUUCUACUCGGGGACCAUGCAGAGAGCUUCACGUCUAAAGAGAGAGCUGAACUUGUUAGCCACAGAGCCACCCCCAGGCAUCACUUGCUGGCAAGAUAAGGACAAAAUGGAUGAUCUGCGAGCUCAAAUAUUAGGUGCUGCUGACACACCUUAUGAAAAAGGUGUUUUCAAGCUGGAAGUUAGCAUUCCCGAGAGGUACCCCUUUGAACCUCCUCAGAUCCGAUUUCUGACUCCAAUCUAUCAUCCAAACAUCGAUUCUGCUGGAAGGAUUUGUUUAGAUGUUCUCAAAUUGCCACCAAAAGGCGCCUGGAGACCAUCCCUCAACAUUGCAACUGUACUGACUUCUAUUCAGCUGCUCAUGUCCGAACCCAACCCCGAUGACCCCCUCAUGGCCGACAUAUCCUCCGAAUUUAAAUAUAAUAAGCCAGUCUUCCUCAAGAAUGCCAGGCAGUGGACAGAGAAGCAUGCAAAACAGAAACAGAAGGCUGAUGAGGAAGAGAUGCCUGAUGAUCUGCCAGAGGCUGGUGACUCAGAAGUAUGCAACACAACACAGAAAAGGAAAGCCAGGCAGCUGGGAGGCAUAGAAAAGAAAUUUCACUCUGAUGCUUAGGGGUUUGUCCUGGUUGUAGUUAAUAUAUUUUUUGUUAAGAUGUUCUAAUUUGCCUGCCUCUCUUGGAUGUUUUUCUUUGUAUUUGAUGACAUUAUCAUCUUUCAUGUCCUAUAAGACAGACCUUGUGUAUUUACGUAUUCUGCUCUACACUGAUUCUCUGAGGCUAGUUUGUUUUAUUUAGCUUGUACGUAUGUAGUUUGAAACCUUUUAAACCUGAAAAAUAAAUAACCACUUAAUGUUGAGUAUGUGUUUAUUCUGAAUGUGUGUCUGAGACCAAACUGUCCAGAAAGCUAUAUAAUAAGAAUGUUAAAAUAUUUGGAAUUGUUGUCUCUUAUUUUGCCAACUUACCAACAUCACUAGGGACGCUGAAUGUUUGACGUAGAUGUAAAAUUACUGUUGGAAACGAUUCAGUUACCACCAGGCUUUCAAGGAUUCUAGGUUUUCAGGAGUCUUAACAGAAUGUGGGAAUAAGGUAAUGGAC